AUGUCAAAUCUCGAGGGCGCUUCCAGCAGCACCGAGAAUCCCAAUACUCGGUGGCAGUUUAUCGACUCGUCGAAGAACAGUCGAAGCAACUUGACGCAGGUGAAGCGUCAUGUUAUGCAAGAGUAUAUGCGCCAGAAGAAAGGUGGCUCUCGCCAAAGUAGCGAAAGUGAAGAGGAGCCCGCCCGUACAUCGAAACGAGGGCGGCCUAGAAAGGCACAAGCAGCCAAGCGCAUGUCUGCAAGAAAGGCCGAGAAGAAUAGCUCGCUAGAUCACUCUGAGCAGCCUACGCUCCCUUCUGAGGGUGCGCAGGCCAACAUCCAGGACAUCUACUUGCAUUGCGAAGCCUCUACGUCCUCAAGUGGUUCGGGAGGCAUCCCAACUCUGGAUCAUACCCCUCUUCCUCAUCAUACAUAUCCUCUCCCGCCUCAAGGGUAUCAGUUCCCGCCUCAGGAAUACCUCGACUUCUCUCCAUACAACCAGAACCAUACGACAGAUUUGAACAGCCUGGAAUCAUUUUCAUCCACUCCUACUACUCCCUUCGAAUAUAGACGAUCUCCGAGGACAAUUUUAAGCGCUGCACGGACAGACCCAUUCAAUAGUCUCCCAAUGGAACUGGAUCUUGAAGGCCAAAGACUGUUUGACUUUUACGUGAGUGACAUGCCGGCAUGCUCCUAUGGGACACACUUCCGAUCGAAAAAAGCACAUAAUUGGUAUACGGCUGUCUUUGUCCCGGAAGGUAUGAAAGGUGCCGUUGCUUUUCAAAACACAAUUCUCGUCCAUGCAGCCAAUACCUGGGCCUGGGUUCGCAAUGAGACCGAAAGCACCAGUACUCUCAAGCACCGCGACCGUGCUGUGACGAUGCUCCGAGAACAUCUGGGUAAUAACCCUCGAGAUAACUCCGACGUCGCAAUUAUCUCCUGCCUGAGCGCUGCCGCCCUGGAAGACUUUGAUCCCAGACCAGGUCACAAGGAAAUCAGUUGGGUGCAUAUGCGUGCAGCUCGGGAGAUGAUAAGGUCUCGCGGAGGACCCGCCGCCUUUGCAAAUACACGGCUCGGGAUGCUGAUCAAUUGGCAAGAUUAUAUUCUGUCUGGUUACGAGACCCAUGGGCCAAGUUUUUUUUUUGAGUAUGAGCCGCCGACUCCGAUCACACAAUCCGAGUGUGUUCCAUCAAAACCCUCGCAAAGCCUCUACUCCAUACCAUCCCCACCAAGCUCCACAUCAUCCAUCAUCCUAGAUAUCGCGGCAUGCCCAACACCUACUCCAAUAGUCCACAAAUCAUCACCCACCGACGAACUCAAACUUCAAUGCGAAGAGUUCCUCGAUUUUCUCCGCCGCUGCGAGCAACUAUCUCUCUACCAGAGAGACAAUCCAAAUUCAUGUGAUCUGGCUCGACAUAUAGCUGUACAAGAUACGGCUCUCCUGUCCCAGAUACUAGCCGCACCUUUAGGCGCAAGAUUCACCACAUCAGGCUACCGAAAACAAAUGGUCGCCCGCCUUACAGUAAUUAUGACGCUGAACGCUGCCCUCUGGGACUACCGCUAUGCUCCAAUGCACGCGGCUACAUUCCUCAACACUCUGGAGCAAGCAAUGGUCGACAGCGAAGUCAGCAUGAGCGGAUCCUUAGAAGCUAUUCUCCAGAUCUUACUAGCCUGUAACGAUGGUUGCACGAAUGACUGGACGAACAAUGUCGACGGCACCGUUGCACCUCUCGCGGAGAAUGCCCCUGAUUUCUCGCAGUACUCACCCCUUGCGACAUCUCCAUCUGCUCGACCUUGGUUCGUAGGGCGCAUGUUGAAGAUUGCGAAGAGGCUUGGGGCCGACUCGUGGUAUCGAAUCAAUGACUUUCUCUUUGAUUGUUUGACGCUUCAGGUCACUGAGCCGAGUACUUAUCUAUGGGAGUCGGAUCUACGGAAGGAGAUUCUUGAUGCGCCGUUGACGAGCUAUGUUAUGCCCUCACUAAUGAAUUAA